UACCGGGCCAGCCGCUUGGCUCUUCUGUGCAGCAGAACCUGCUCCUCGGUCCUACCUGUUCCUUGAUCCAGCAGUGUCCGCACCGUCAUCUAUAGCGUCGCAGUCUCUGGUCAUCUCCUGUAGUAUGUCCGCAGUCUCUGGUCAUCUCCUGUACUAUGUCUGCAGUCUCUGGUAAACUCCUGUACUAUGUCCGCAGUCUCUGGUCAUCCCCUGUACUAUGUCCGCAGUCUCUGGUCAUCUCCUGUACUAUGUCUGCAGUCUCUGGUCAUCUCCUGUACUAUGUCCGCAGUCUCUGGUCAUCUCCUAUGCUAUGUCCGCAGUCUCUGGUCAUCUCCUGUAGUAUGUCCGCAGUCUCUGGUCAUCUCCUGUACUAUGUUCGCAGUCUCUGGUCAUCCCCUAUACUAUGUCCGCAGUCUCUGGUCAUCCCCUAUACUAUUUCCGCAGUCUCUGGUCAUCUCCUGUAGUAUGUCCGCAGUCUCUGGUCAUCUCCCGUAGUAUAUCCGCAGUCUCUGGUCAUCUCCUGUACUGUGUCCGCAGUCUCUGGUCAUCUCCUGUACUAUGUCCGCAGUCUCUAGUCAUCUUCAGUACUAUGUCCGCAGUCUCUGGUCAUCUCCUGUACUAUGUGUCCGCAGUCUCUGGUCAUCUCCUGUACUAUGUCCGCAGUCUCUGGUCAUCUCCUG